AGGGCAAAACGUUUUCAGGGGCGAAACGUCUCGUACUCCAUUUGGCUAUCCAUAGGAAUGAUAAUAAGGAGUUUGAUACACACUGCUAGGGGAACCUUGUCUAGAGCAAUGACUUCGCUUUCUGAACCAUCUAAUGCAAAACAAAUGAAAGUGUGCGAAAAGAACAAUAUUGUGUGGGUUGAUCUCGAGAUGUCUGGUCUGGAUAUUAACAAAGAACAUAUUUUGGAAAUGGCAUGUAUUGUUACAGAUGCAGACCUGAACAUUCUUGCAGAGGGUCCGGAUAUUAUCAUCCAUCAACCAAACUGUGUCCUGGAUAACAUGGAUGAGUGGUGUACCAGACAACAUGGGAAGUCAGGUUUAACUGAAGCUGUGAGAAACAGUGAGAUAGAUCUGAAUACGGCAGAAAGAACAAUGAUGAAGUUUAUAGAGCCACAUAUUAUACCCUCCUCCUGUCCACUGGCAGGAAACAGUAUUCACUGUGACAAGGCAUUUCUUCAGAAGUACAUGCCAAAUUUUAUGAAACAGCUACAUUAUAGAAUAAUAGAUGUCAGCUCAAUCAAAGAACUUUGCAGGAGAUGGUACCCAAAAGAGCUAGAUUGUGCCCCAGAGAAAAAAUUGACACAUAGAGCCUUGGAUGAUAUUAGAGAAAGCAUAGAGGAACUUAAGUAUUACAGAAAAAACAUUUUUAAAUAAAGUUUGAAAAUGUCA